CUGCUCCUCUUUCUUUGUCUAAAAUCCCUUUUGUUUGCUGUAGUGGUGCUGAUUGGAGAUUCAGGUGUAGGGAAGAGUAACCUGCUGUCCCGCUUCACCCGGAAUGAGUUCAACCUGGAGAGCAAGAGCACCAUAGGGGUGGAGUUUGCCACGCGCAGUAUCCAGGUAGAAGGCAAGACCGUCAAGGCUCAGAUCUGGGACACAGCUGGACAGGAGCGAUACCGUGCUAUCACUUCUGCGUACUACCGUGGAGCAGUUGGAGCUCUUCUGGUUUAUGACAUUGCCAAGCACCUGACAUAUGAAAAUGCUGAGCGCUGGCUGAAGGAGCUGCAGGACCACGCUGACAGCAACAUAGUCAUCAUGCUAGUGGGCAACAAAAGUGAUCUACGCCACCUUAGGGCUGUGCCCACAGACGAGGCUAAGGCCUUUGCAGAGAAGCAUGGCUUGUCUUUCCUGGAGACAUCAGCGUUAGACUCAUCUAAUGUGGAGCUGGCUUUCCAGACUAUUCUCACAGCCAUCUACAACAUCGUGUCACAGAGGCAGAUGUCAGGGCGAAGCGACUCAGACUUCUCACCAGCCUCCAACGUAGUGCCCAUCACAGUUGAGCCCACCCAAAACUCAGCCAAUAAGGGUGUCUGCUGCCAGAACAACUGAGACCUUACCACUGACCUCCUCCUUCACAUCCAGGCAAUUGGAGAAAUAGCCCUCAUAGACAGACACAGACAGGUGGACAGGCAAAAUGGAGAGACGGGUAGAAAUAACCAUUUCACAUAAGGACACUUGUUCAGGGGUUGAUUCGUCUAUUGUCUGGUUAAGAAAACGUAAUGCAGUAUAAAGAGGGGGACCAGUGAAGGAUGGAUAGGAAAGAGGUUUAGAUAAACAGACAGGGGGGUGUCGUGAGGGAGGAUUAGUAUCAAUGGAAAAGAAAACAGGUGAGAUGCACCGUACCCAGUGCAUUAAGCUAUGAAAGAGGUACAUCAUCUGAACUGAUUCACAAUCUAAUGAAAAAUGUAACACAUCCCUUUUGUAUCUCAUCAUGAUUUCUGUCUUUGCACACUGUCUCCUUUUGAAAGCUCUUUUUUACAAGCCAGUAAAUGCUUUCCCUCAGUUUCCCACCACCAGGAUAUUGGGCAAUAAAAAUCCACAUUUAAAAGACUGAACUGUCACCCCUCUGUCACCACUGUCAUUCCCAUUUUCCAUAAAUGUAUAAUAUUUAGAAAAUAAUGUCCCUUACAAUAUUUAUUGAACACUAGAUUAAGUUUUUGUUUGUCCAAAGGGUUUGCAAUUUAACGCUAGUUGGUUUAGAUUUUCCACACUGAUCGCUUCACAGCAAAGGGAGCUUGCUUUUUGAUGCUUUUGUUUUUUCCCCACAAUCAUAUCUCUAUGUGAAGAAGCUUGUAAGGGCACCUACCCCCCACAAAUGGAGGAGCAAGGGCUUCAAGUCAUUUUUCUAAAUCCACAUGCUGGAAUUUGGUCUAAGUUGGUUGGUUCAAGUUGUGUUCCACUAGGCCACUCAGAGCAAUAACAUCCCUCCCUAACAGUGACAUGUAAUUUCUUUUUGAUUGCUUUUGAUCUUUGUUUGUAAGGCUUUCCUGCUCUGUGCACACUUGGUACUCUACAGAUGAGUCAUGCUCUUGCAAGCUUUGCACAGCAUUAACUCUAAAUGAGAUGGGAUCGCUGCAUCACUAGUGAAUGGGUUAACAGCCUCACAUGUCAGUGGGAUAGAAGUAUUGCUUAUGACUGUUUCACCCCUGCCCUGAACCUUUGGGUGUAGUGGGAGAGGUUAGGGAAUUGGUGUAAAUGCAUGGACAACCCUGUGCUGCUGCUGCCUGCUAGCUGGGAUAGAUAGAUGGAUGGAUGGAUAAUGUUUCAGGGGAUGAGGUAGUGAGGGCACUCAGCCCUGCCCUGCUCCUGUGGUCUCUGAUGUACCCGAGAUGGCUUGUUUUACUGUAAGUGAAAUCCUCCACUGCCUGCUCACCUACUCCUUUCUGUCUCUCUCUACACUGUAUGUAACUGGAACAGGACUCUGCCUUCUGGGAUCUCCCUGAGGUCUGCCCUCGCUCUCACUUGUCUUUAUUUCCUGUGGACGGGGCGGGGGUUGUAUUCGGGAGCCAGGGUUGGGUUUGUUAGUAUCUAAUAGUUUAAUAGAUGAGGAAAAGGAGAAAGGAUGGUAGUGUUAGGAGGGGCUUAAUUAAAUCCAAAGGUUAUGCACACAGAUGGUGUUUAUCCUGGUGAUGUGUUUCCACAUCAACACUGACUGUUGACUUCACAGGUCUUAAAUUGGGUGGUGUAGGUUAGGGCUUUUUAACAUUUAUUCUAAUAUAUGUAUAUUUGGACUGCAUAUGUAUAAAUAAAUCUCAUUUGUUAUA